GCGUGCUUGAAAUUCUCUCAUUUCAAACGUUUGGCUUCGAUUGUUUACAAAAAUUUCACGCAAAGGACGCGCUAGUUCGUCGAAUAAAACAAAGUUCAGUGGAAUUAGCUAAAAGUUUACUGUAUUCAAUUCUAAAUACGUCAUUUCAGUAUUUCUCAGCUAACCUCAAAUUCCGUGCCGACUUCAGAAUGGCGACCGCGAUGCCAAUUAACCCGAAACCGUUCCUGAACGGACUUACCGGGAAGUCCGUCUUCAUCAAGCUCAAGUGGGGGCACGAGUACAAAGGUUUCCUAGUGUCGAUCGAUGGCUACAUGAACAUGCAGCUGGCCAAAACCGAGGAGUACGUCGAUGGGCAGAACACCGGGCACCUGGGGGAGGUGCUGAUCCGGUGUAACAAUGUGCUGUAUAUACGCGGUAUAGAUGACGAUGAUGAGGAGGGGGAGAUGAGGGAUUAGGUAAUUCCGUCCGGAAAAAAACCUAUCUUCAUUACCGCUACCAGGCUUAAGAUUGAUCGUAAAUAAACUCUACUUGUAAUUGAAA